UUAAAGAUGGCGCCCUCUCAUGUACUAAGAUGCUGUCAAAAGGCUCUCAACUGGAUACCGGUUGUUUUUAUCAACCUUGUCGUCGGCUGGUCGUACUAUGCCUACGUCGUGGAGCUCUGUGUCUUCAGCUACCUGGUCAUCUUUCAUAUUUUCUUCAUCAUGUUUAUUUGGUCUUACUGGAAGACCAUCUGUACCAGGCCAGCCAGCCCCACCAAAGCGUUUUCUUUGCCCAAAGAGGAGAAGGAACAGUAUGAGAAAGAAGAGAAACCAGAAGCGCAAGUGGAGAUCCUGAAAAAAGUGGCCAAGGGUUUACCUGUGUAUACUCGCACAGCAGGAGGAGCCGUCCGAUACUGUGACCACUGUCAGGUGAUCAAACCUGACCGCUGCCAUCACUGUUCAACUUGUGAGAUGUGUGUACUGAAGAUGGACCAUCACUGUCCCUGGGUGAAUAACUGUGUUGGAUUCUCAAACUACAAGUACUUUGUCUUGUUCCUGGCCUACGCCAUGCUGUAUUGUGUUGUAAUUUCUUCCACAGUCAUCCAGUAUUUCAUCAAGUUCUGGACAAAACAACUGCCUGACACUCAUGCCAAAUUCCACAUCUUGUUUCUGUUUUUCGUGGCGGCCAUGUUCUGUAUCAGCAUCCUGUCACUUUUCAUCUACCAUCUAUGGCUUGUGGGAAAGAACAGGACCACUAUAGAGGCAUUUAGGGCCCCUGUCUUCAGCUAUGGCGCAGACAAAAACGGAUUUUCUUUGGGAUUUAGCAGAAAUGUGGCUGAGGUGUUUGGUGACCAGAAGAAGGUUUGGAUGUUUCCAGUUUUCACCAGUUUGGGUGACGGGCAUUCCUUCAUAACGAGAUUGGUGCACAUUGAACCCGAGCAUGCAAAUGCUAUCCUUAAGCAAAACGGCAAAAUUCCUGUUGAUGAUGAAAGCAAUGCUUGUAUGCUUGGUAACAACAUGCAAGACAAAAUGGAUGGCAAUGCAGAGAAAAUUGGAUCUACUUUUACUUAUACUUUUGAGUACAUUUAAUAUCAGAUGGAGCUCAGAUCGUCUCUGUCACAGUGGAAAGCGAAUCAUAGACAGGGCAUAGAGACACCAGUGAAG